AUGGCAAACCUUUCGACUAUAAUCAUAUGGGGAAUGCUCAUCACACGUUUAGUAGUCGCUUCCCUGGGAGAAAAACAUCACUGGGGAAAGGGACACGAAACAAAGGAAGAGUUCCCCGUCUCAUUGGAGAAGCAACAUGAGAUAUUCAAAAACGCUAACAAGACUCCAAACAACAUCGAGUACAUCGGAUGUGGAUAUGAUAUGUAUAACGGAAGCGGAAUAGAUGAUGAGACCGGUUUCAGCCUUAAAAAUUAUAGAGCGCCCGUUUUAGACAACUAUAGCGUUGAAAUGAACAAUGAAGACACCUGGAAUGGCGGAUUGGGCAUAUGGAUAACAAAUGAAUUUUUAUGUGAUUUGUCGCACGAGCUCACUUCUGUGAAUACUCAACAAGAUCUGAAGUCAUUAGUUGUGAGCCAUUUCAAACAUGAAACAUCCGGUGUCUUCAGCUCCUCCUCAAAGGAAGUUAACAGUACGAAGGACAUAUUGAAUAAGCUACAACGUUCACGAACUGUUCUAGUGAGAAGAUUCCGUUGCACCGUCUACAAUGCAGGGCUUCUUUUCAGUAAUAUGAGGGUAAAUACAAAGAAAUUUAAUAGCAUAGUUCAACGCUUGGUUGAAAUUUGCAGAGAUGGAUUCAAAGAAGAGAAUUGUCCAAUUAAAAAAUACGAAAACAACAUGGAUGAUGAGGGGUGCGAGGGUUGUAUAGCAUCCUGGAUGCGUUUCUUCGCUGAUUUCGGCACUCAUGUGACGGAGCGCAUUUCAAUGGGCGGUGUCUUCAGGAGGUUCAGUAACAUCAUGGAUAAGGAGGCCAGUAGAGAUUCGUCUAAGGAAGAAGCCACAAAAACUUCGUCGUCGAGUUGGUUUGGAUUGUCGAGAAGCAGCUCGCAGAAUAUCAAUAGAAGCCAAUCGAACAUAUCGCGCGGUGGCAAAGAAGACGACGUUGUCCAAUAUGCUGUAGGCCCCGAACCCCAUGAUGAAUCUAUGAGUCCAGAAGUCUUCGAAGACUGGGUUCAUAAAGUGGGUUACAACCCGGUUCCCAUCGAUGUAGAGUUCACAUCUCUCUAUUAUAUGAUGCCUGACAACAAUGCAAUGAACUUAUAUAAGGAGGCGCUCAAGUACUACGCCAAACUUAAAGGUGUUGAAUACAGCGACGUAGAAACAAAGUCAUUCAGAAGUCCUCUUCUACAUCUGCUGAAAGAAUCGGAAAUAAUAGCAAUCAAUGGCCGGCACAAAGUAAUCAAGGACGUUUGUUCGGGGAACUCGAAAAUCAUUUUCGGUUUUGGUGUCAACUUAAAUGAUAAGAAACAAAUACUGGAAGUUAAGUCCUGCUAUCCUGGAUUGAACGCCUGCAUACUGGAUUUCAACCUGGAUGUCAGGUCGACAUUUGUUAUGGCAAUGUGUGGAGAGCUGCAGAAUUACGACGUUGUUCAGAAGAUAACAAAAGGAGUAUCUCAGGAAGAAAAUUAUAACGAAGUAAAAUGUCCAUCGGGUACGGUGGUCGGAUUCGGCGUCAUCAUACAGUUCACCAAUCCUAUAGUGAUGAUUUCAUGUCCAAUAGGGGCUGCAAGUUGUGGACAUUUAAAAUUGGGGCCACAGGGUUUUAUUUGGGUAACUUGCUUCCCCAAAGAGACUUUUGGUUUGAACCUAUACUCAACAAAGGCUGAGGUUGUUGAAUCCGGAGGGAAAUUGGAGUGUGGUCAUGGAGUCAAGGUUGCAAACGGUUUUACGAUAUAUAGCGCCAAAUCUGAUAACGAUGUCAAAGUCGAAGCAUGCCACCAUCUCAAAAGGACGAAUAAAGAGGGGAGGAUCCCAGCAAUGGAAUAUCUCGGUUGCGGUUACGACAUUUUGUAUGGAAAUCCACUGGCCGACAAUGAUUCACUCGUCGACCCCGGUUACCGGGAUCCGAUAAUUUCCUUCACACUUGUUCAACACCAGGGCAAGUCGCGCAAAGGCUUGAAAUAUGCCAAUAUACCCGGUGCUUGGAUUAGACCUCUUGUCUCUUGCAAGCGUUCGACGGAAAAUACGAUUGUACAAAGCAUGGAUGACUACAAGAAGGCCUUGGCGGUUGACUCCGAGAUUGGUCUUGGCACCGUAGACGAAUCCGUCAAAUUUGCAUUGUCUGCUGGCUAUGCCGAAUCAUCUGGUCUUCAUUUAUCUAAGAAAAGAAGAAUGCAUAUUCAAAGGAAUUAUUGUUUCCUUUUAGAAGCAGCAUUACCAGUCAACGGGAACUAUGCCUUCAAAAAAUCAUUUAAGCUCGCAUUGUCCCAGUUAACUCCAAAUUUCCGGAAAUCGGCGGAGUCGUGUACUACAAUCCGAUAUGCAAUGAAUCCAGAUCACCCGGACUGCGUAGGAUGCGUUAAGCCUUGGAUGAAGCUUUUCGAAUGGUUUGGCACCCAUUUUACGUACAAUAUCAAGAUAGGUGGUCGGUUAACUGAGAUCUCUCAAGUUAAUAUGGAGCAAAACGAAAGGAAAUCGACAAGUGAUGUGAAAGUUGGUGCGGAUGCCCGAGUCCGUAAAGGCAUAUUCGACGCAUCAGUUGGUGUCAAUUCAUCCAACGCGUCCAACCGAGCCAAUGUGAGCAACAUUUCGCUUCGUUACGUGAAUGUGCUGGGAGGUCGACCAAUAGGCAACACCGAUGAUGAAGAUGAAUAUCUGGGAUGGAUUCAUUCGAUUCCGGAGAAUCCGAUGCCCAUACGUUCACAACUUGCCCCGCUUUCCAAGUUGUUUAAAUCGAAAAGACUGCAGGAAGCUUACGAUGAUGCUAUGGAAUUCUAUGUGGAACUAAAUGGUUUGAAAACCUCAAAGAAGGACGAUGAUACAACAUAG